GAACUUCCUUUUCUGCCCUGAGAGAAAGAGGGAAGGGAGGGAGGCAGUGUGUGUAUAUAUAUGUGUGUGUAUGAGAUUCGGAAAAGUACCCAAACGUGGGAGCGGCGAGCGAGAGUGCGUGCCUCCGCCCGCCAAGGCUGCGCGCGCAACCCAGCCGGUGGCAAGCGGAGAGGGAGGCGAGGAGGCGCGAGCGGGGCAGGCAGCUCUGAGCGGAAGAAGGGCCUCGGGCUGGGGAUGGAAGCGGAGAAGAUGGACGAGAAUGAAUGGCGCUACCACGGGGAGGGCAACAAGAGCCUCGUCGUCUCCCACAGACAGCGUUGUGUGGUGCUACGCUUUUUGAAGUUUCUUCCAAACAGAAAUAAGACACCUGAAGAAAUCUUUCAUCAUCUUCAGAAUAUAGUUUACUUUGGCAAACACAUAAUGAAGCAGUUUUUUGGAGAAAAAUACAUCCAUCAUGGGGAGGUUGUACAGCUAUCCUUGGACUUCGUGAAACAGCUUUGUUUAAAGAUCCAGUCAGAGCGACCAGAGUCUCGUUGUGAUAAAAAUAUGGAUGCUCUUAGUGGUUAUGCUAUGUGCCUUCCUAACCUCACUAGGCUACAUUUUGUUGAACAUCGCCCAAUACUUUGUAUAGAGAUUAAGCCCAAAUGUGGGUUUCUCCCUUUUUCAAGCCAUGUUUCCCAAGAGAUAAAAUACAAAGUAUGUCGUUAUUGCAUGCAUCAGCAUCUAAAGGUAGCAAAAGGAAAGUGGAAACGGCUCAGUAAAUAUUGUCCUCUAGAUCUCUUCUCAGGAAAUAAACAGCGAAUGCACUUUGCCUUGGGAAGCCUAUUACAGGAGGCACAGAAUAACUUAAAAAUAUUUAAGAAUGGUGAAUUAAUUUAUGGUUGUAAAGAUAAUGAGGACUCGCUGUCUGACCUGAAUGAACUCGCUCACCACCUGAAGCCUUUCUUCUUCCCCUCCAAUGGCCUGGUCAGUGGACCACAUUGUACAAGGACAGUCCUGAAGGAGUUGAUCCACGUCAUCACCCUGGCUCUGCUGAGUAGUACAGACCUCUGCAAAGCAGGCGACAUGAAGAUUGUCCCCUCGUCACAAGGAAGGAGCUACUGUGAAGCCAGUGCUUUCAGUAAAGAGCUAGUAAGGAAUGGUAAAAAUAAGAUGGAGACUUCUGGCUUGCCAAGGGGGUGUCUCCUCUACAAAACGCUUCAGGCUCAGAUGCUGGAUAUGCUGGAUAUUGAAGGUGUAUAUCCCUUGUACAACAGAGUAGAGCAAUACUUGGAAGAGUUUCCCAGUGAAAGGAAUAUGCUACAAACCGAUGGGCCAUAUAAUGAAUCAUUUUAUGAGAAGCUACUAGACCUCUCAACUGAAGAUGAUGGAGCAGUAGGGUAUGCUUUAACAAAGGUUCAGCAGUACAGAGUUGCAAUGACGGCAAAGGACUGUUCCAUCAUGGUUGCCCUUUCUCCUUGUCAACAGGAUGAAUGUUCGGAGCAGAGACCAGUGCUUCUCACUUCAAAAUCAAGAUUCACAUUUUCACUGUCAGUUCUGGACUUAGACCUUAAGCCCUACGAAAGCAUUCAGCAUCAGUACAAACUGGAUGAGAAGAUCGUCAACUACUAUUUGAAGAACACGCAGGCCAAAGAUGACUCAGUGAUGUGCAGUCUUUUGAAAGGAAACGAAGACUGCACACUCGUCCUCCAUAAGAUGUAACUGGCUAGAUAUUUAUUGAACACAGGGAAGGGGGAUAAUUAAGUUAUGUUGUUUUCUUCUUUUUCUUUCAAUUGUGCUUUAAAUUUAUAUGCCUUUCAGAGACAUGGAUUUACCACUCAGACCACCUUGACAGAAUGAACUUACUAUAAAACUAGUGUGCAUUGAGCCUAUGGCCAAUAGCAAAGUGGUUGCUGUGAAAGUGGUUAAGUUUGAAUCAAGUGAUUGCUCUAUAAAUUUUUAAAAAGAAGUGCUUGCAUUGAAGCCUUUUCAGUGAAGGAAGCAGCAUUCACCACAAGGUCUGCAAAGAGAUGCAAUUCUGUGAACAAUGUGAAUUCUUGCCAAUGAAGGGUAAAACGCGAACUGGCUCACAUUUAAAACCUUUCAUUGAUAAAGUACUGCUUGUGUAGCAGCUUUAAUGUGAACAGAAACGUAUUUUUCAUCAUCUCAUGAAAAGGCUACACUUUGGUUGCUUCUAAAGAGUGGUGUUGCUCUUCAAAUUGGUCAGAGAAUUGCAAGUAAACAUUUAAAACACUUAAGACUAUAGAGAAAAAAUGCCUUCUGUCAAUUACUGAUUAUUAAAGCUAUCAAAAGAUAUUAAUUCUUUCUUAAAAUAGGAACCGCUUAAAAAGAAAUCUGUAGGUUAAUUCAGUCCCAGACAAACCCUUUCUAACAAUCAAGUGCUAGACCCAUUAUGCUCAGUUGUUUUUCAGUAACAUGUAGGUUUCAUAGAAAAGUUCUCCAUUGUGCCUCGCUGGUAUUGGGAUACCUUUCUAUAUAAGCAAUCUAUUUGAAAACUUAACUGGAGGCAGCUUCUCAAUCUAAAAUUACUUGCUUUAAAUUUUCCUGAUGGGUAGGUUUUAUUUUUCUAUUCAUAUUUUGGUUAAUUCCCCUUCAGGCAGUUUUACUUUAUAAGGCUUGCAAAUGUAAUAGCGAUUGAGGUUUUCCAACUUGAACUCUCUGAAUUAGAAACUUGCCUCUCAUUUACCUUGGUAUUAUCUUCAGCCAAGGGGCAUUUUCCUUAGAAGUGCCUAUGUGUGGUUUGUUACUACCCUUUGCCAUGCCUUGUAUACAAAAAUAGGACAAUAGCAAAAAAUAUGCCUUAGGUUUGGCACAACCUUUUCAUUAACUUGUACCAUGGCAGUGGGUUUAACUUGUGGAGCUGCAGGAAUGUCUCUGCUUCUGCAGGCAGUACAAUGAUGUCUCUGGAUUUGAAACUCUGAGGAUACUUACUCUUAUUGCAGAAACGGUCCUAUGGGCUGUCUGGUGGCAUGACAUCCAUUACAUGAGCCUCAUACAGAAGCAGGGGAAGGCCUCAGAUGUGAGGUGGAGACACUUCAGAUUAAAGCUGCUUCAUUCAGAAAUGACGAGCAUGAAUCCAGAGCUGAGUUUCUUCCCAGACGGCAGGCUCCCAUCUGGCUACAGCCCCAGAUUGGCACAUUGCUUCAGCUGCCUCAAGAGUGGCUUUGGGGGAAAAACAGUGAGGAAAGGAAGCUAGGAAAACCCCAUUACAGGAAUGGAGCUCAGCUUCUGCAUUUCAGGAUCCAAACCAGAUCUCAGCACUUAGUGGCAUUUUCUUCUAAUCAACGUAUUUUGUGUCAACAGUGGGAGAAUAUAGGUGUUUUUUAAAAAAGCACCAAACCUAAGAGUCUACAUCAAGCCUUUUCCACCUGCAGCCCUCCAGGUGUUUUGGACUUCAGCUCUCAGAAUUCCUGACCAUUGGAAAAGCUGUCUAGGGCUUCUGGGAGUUGGAGUCCCAAACACCUGUAGGGCUGCAUGCGGAAGAGACCUAGUUCACACAGUCAUUCUCUUGCCACUCCAACUAAGCUGCUACAGUAAGUAUGGGCCAAUGCUGGGCUGUUAGAAAUUGUGAGAGUUAAAAUCCAAAUCACCAGGAGGGCCAAAGCUGGCCCAUGCCUGUGCUACAGUAACUCUAACUGUAAGAUUAUUAACAUAUAUUGCUUUAAUAUUUAUUCUCACUUAAGUUACAAUCAAAUUCUUUAUUUUAUGGGAAUCUCUUAAUUACUUUUCUGCCUCGUUCGUAUUCUAAAACAGUUUGGUGGCAUCUGUCCUGAGUUUGAAUGUGUGGCCACAGGGAAGUUUAAAGUCACAAGGUGUCAGGUAGUCCAAGCGUUGGUCUCUGAAAUAAGACUUGAUUAUUCUUGGUAGUUUACAGAAUUACAGAUUUCGAUUUACAGAAUUUCUUAAACUUUGUAUGCCUAUUGAUUGAUCACAUUUGUUCUUAAAUGAGUAAGCAAAUGAGAAAGUUGCUGUGGUGCUGCUGUGGUGUUCAGGGUUAUUAUUUUCCUUUAAGACUGAAGCUUUGGCAGGAAGGACUGCCAGUUCCAGUGCUCCUUAAGCAAUACAAGGCAAUGGAACAAACAACAGCAGUAAAGAGAAUUUCUGGGUUGGCUUACUUCUGAAUAAGUCAAAUUCUACAUCAUCUAUAACUAUGGAUAGAAAGGAAUUCAAAAAUAGCCUAAAAUACUUCCUCGGUUUGGGAAUUGGUACCCGCCUUUAUAAAAUAGUGAUGAACUUUGUGUUCUAUGAAGAUUGCUGGUGCACUUCAAAUCAACUUUUGUGUCAACAGUGGGAUAAUCUAGGUAUUACCUAUAUUUUGAGAGUUUUGAUACAGCUACUUAUGUGCUAGAAGUGUAGUUAGAAAAAAACUUAAUCCCUACAGAUCUAAAUCUGGGAAGGAAAUGCAUACAAUAACCCAACACCUGGAUUAAGCUUUUAAUUAGGUCAUUGCCCUUUCUUGCAGUUUUUUUAAUACACUUUUUAAAGCCCAAACCCUCAACAUCUUGCAUUUGUACACUGUACUUUGUUUUGAUCCACCACAAAUUAAAAUAUCACAAUUCAGUUUUACGAGGAAAGUGUAAUAGAUCUGGUUUUGCCUUCAGUCACUGGUUGUGGAAGAAGUAGUAGGUGUGCUACUGUUGGGAUAUUUUGUAUCUCAAACUUUAUUUCAUUACACUUCUGGGUACCAUUGUUUUAAAAAACCAUUUGCAUAUACAGCUGUGAACAAAAACUGCCACUUUUUGCAAACUUGAAUUUAUCGGGUUGGUCUGUAGAACUCCUAAGAAAUGCUGCAGAGGGGUAAAACCACUUUGACUGUGAGGAAGUUAGUUUUUAAAUGAAAUUCACCCAACUUGUACCUUAUUAUUUAGCAUUUUGUAUUUAAAUGGCUGUAUUUAUUUGUCUGACAAUUUAUAUAUAUGUGCCAUAAUUGUACAGAUAGCAUGUUUUAUGGAUAUAGUUUGUAAAUGGAAAAUAAUUUAAUGUUUAUAUUCAUUAAAGCUACAGAUGCAUAA